UGGCAAAUAAAUAAACGAAUUGCUUAUUUUGGCUUUCAACAUGAAUUUUAGAAAUUUUUGCAAGGCCACACAAGCUAUAGUUGUGUCGCGGUUACGCGUGGUGCGCAUGCAACAUGCUGGCUUAAGUGUCAACACCAAUGUAGCGGUUAAUUGUAACAUUAACAGGAGCAACCGAAACCAAUGGGGAAAACAACAGCAACAACAAAGACUCCUUUCCGUAUGUCCAACACAACACCAGCAAAGACAGCACGAAAAAAGUGUUCCUGGUACAGGUUUAGUAUUCACCACAGCCUUCAUGUUCAAUCUAUUUGGACGCAGCGAUGAGGAGGAAGAGGAAACGCCGGAGCAAAAAUUGUUGUUAACCAUAAAACGGUCGAUUCUCUGCAUACAGCGGGAACAGUAUGAUAAGGCAGAGCAAAUGUUACAUUUGUCACUACGCAUGGCGCAGGAUAUGCAGAGUAAAGAUGGCAUCACUUACGUCUACGAUUUAAUGGCCAAUCUGGCCAUGGAGCGGGAACAGUUCAAGAAGGCCGAAAAAAUAUUUGCCGAUGUAAUGAAGCGUUUAUUUGCCGAUGGCCAUACGGAGGAGAGUCCCAAGAUUCUGCACAUAAGCUCGAAGAUAGCUCAUAUGUCCCAGUUGCAAGGCGACUUGGAAAAAGCGUAUCAGGGCUUUACGUGGACACUGGCGCGAAUUGCCGCUUUACUGGAGAAAGUGCCACACGAUAAAGACGUGCAGGAGUUGUAUGGAUUGACAAAGAAUUGGUUCGGACAGUUACUAAUGAAACAGGGACGGUACACAGAGGCAAAGAAUCUUUUCAAGGAGGCCUUCGAAUGUCUAAUCGAAGUUUACGGCGCAGUCAACGAUGCCUCUGUCACAAUAUUAAACAACAUAAGUGUCGCAUAUGUUAAUCUUGAAAACUAUGCCGAAGCCAAGGAACACCUGUUGCACGCCAUGGACAUAGCUAAGGAAUUAAAAGAUGUUACACAAGAAGGCAUUCUGCAAGCCAAUUUGGGACUAAUAUACUUGCGCGAAGGCCUAUUGCAACAGGCGCAGGAUGCGUGUAAGCAGGCGUGGCAAAUGGGAAAGAAGCAUCAGAAUCUGGACGCCGUGGAACAGGCCGAGUAUUGUCUGAACGAGAUUAAAUCAAGCAUGAAAGGCUAAUUAAAAUUCGUUUGUUGUAUGUAUUUAGAAACUUUUUGAUAUAUCCAAAAUUUUUUAGAGAAAUAUAGGGCGCAAAUUGCCGAACUCAAUAGCGAGUACUUUAAA